AUGAAUCCAAUGAUUCCCUCCCCAUACGCUCUGCAGCCGUCGGCGCUAGCGAAACUCUCUCUGCGCGACAAGCUCCUUCUUGCGCAAGCUGUGCACGAGAUCGGCACCUCUCCUCCCGACUGGGGUCGUGUCUCCGCCCUCCUUCUCGCCCAUCCUCUCAUCCGCCAGCAAUCUCGUCUCGAACAAGCCGCCAAUGCCGGCCUCACCCUCGGCCGCAUCUUUGGUACGCGCGAGUGCGAACGAGCCUGGAUCGCCCUCAUGCGUCAACGAGGGCUCGUGCUCGGCAAAGAUGAGAUUCCUCCAGAGCCUGUCACGCCCACAACGCCCAAACCGAAGGAAGCGCGUGGCCUGCAACCUCGAACAGAUAAGAGGUCGCAGCUCGCGCUCGCGCAACUCCUGUACGCCGAAAGGAUGGAAGAGCUGAAGGAGCAGAUCAAGGAGAAGGAGGAGCAGUUCAAGAGUCUCGUCAAGGAGAUCGACGAGAUCAAGUCCGGCAAAGCAGAUGCGAGGCUGGAGAUGGAGUUGAGGAUAGAGAUGGAAAACUUGGCGAAUGGACCACCGCUACCGCCGUCGACACCGGGGAGUGCUGCACCGUCUGUGGCUGGACCAGCGACACCUGCUUCGACUGCUUCCACCACGCCAAAGAGCGCAAAGGCCAAGGGAAGACCACGUGGUGAGAGCGCCGCAGAUCUGUCUAAAAUCUCGCCUACCCGCUCCGACGUCACCGGCACAGGUUCUGCACCCAACAGCGCCAGCAAGAAGCCUGAUUCGGCCAAGUCGAAGAAGCUUGGCGACAGGAGGGCGAGCAUCGACGAAUCGCCAUCGAAGCAGAUGUCUGGUCCGACAACGCUUCCUGCUUUGCCGGCAGUCACGCUGCCUCGACCACCUACGGAUGCUGCAGUGUCGUCAGCGACGGCUUCUGUCAGUGCCAACCCGAACGCGCUCAAUGCAGAUGCAAGCAAUGGUGUGAGCGCAACGGCAGAAGAACCGAAGCAGGUGAUGACGACCGAAGAAGCAGAGCGGGCGGUUGCGAAUGCAGCGACGGAAGCAGCCGUCAAGGUGCUGCAAGACGAGACGGUAGCCAGCAAGGUGCUCGACGCAGAAGUCGAGAAGGCGGUCGAGAAGGUGGUCGAGACAGAGACCAACAUGGAGCUUUCGGCGCAGGCGGAAGGUGGAUCUGCUGCGCAAGCGGUGCCGGCAUCUGCGACAGCAUCGAGUUCAGCAACACCGGCAGCAGCAGCAACAACAGCAGCAGCGGAAACGAACACAAUGUCGACAAUACAGCCACCGACGCGAUCCAACGAGGCGCCAGCGGCGGAAGUGGUGGUCAAAGAGAAGGAGCCCGUCGAGGUCACGGCCUCGAAAGCUGCUGCGCCGAACCCCGACUCUACAUCUAGUACGGCUGCUGCUGCUGCUGCUGCUGCGAGCAACAAGCGCAAACGCGAUGAUCAAGACGCAGAGUCCCAGCAGCCAGCUGAUGCUGCUCCGACGGCAACGACCGCCGAAGCGGAGCAAGCAGGCGCCGAAUCGCCGGUCAAGAAAGCACGAACAGCGCAGGCUGAAAAGGUGCCAUCCUCCGAUGAAGAGAUGGACAGCGAGGACGAAGCGGAAGCAGCGGUGGGAGUCGACGACACCGGCAAGAGUGUGGAGAGUGAGAAGGCUAAGGACACCGACUCCAAACUGUCGAAGGAUGCUCAAGUUGAUGAUCAAAAGCCAAAGGUCAAGGGAACAGCGAUGGAAGACGACGACGACGACAGCAGCGAUAGCGACAGUGGCAGUGACAGUGUGGACGAGGAAGAGGCAAUAGAUCAAGUCAAGUCGGUCGAAUCUCCUCGCAAGCGUACGCCUGCCAAAGAUGAUGGCGAGGUCAAGGUUGCCGGCGAUCCCAACGAACGAGAAGGAGCCACGAAGGAAGAAGCGGAUGCAUCCAAGGACGAAGAAGACGACUCGGACGCAUCCUCCUCCUCGCGCAAACCCGCCUCUCGACGCACACCAAUCCGACGUCGACAGUCCACGACGUCUCGACCUGCCAAGCCCACACCGCCACCGUCUUCACGAGAAGCCGCGGCAGCCAAACGCAAAACGGCCCACCUGCUCUCGAUGCUCCUCACUGAGGUCUCGAACCACACGCACGGCAACCUCUUCCACGCACCCAUCAAGGAGCAAGACGCACCGGACUACUACACGCUCAUCAAGAACCCGCUGGACAUCAAGACGAUCAAAGCGCGUAUCAAGGAAGGAUCCAUCGCAAGCGCCAAGCAGCUGCGAAAGGCGUUGGCGGGCAUGUUUGCCAACAGCUUGAUCUACAACCGACCAGGUACCGAGGUGCACAGGAUGGCGAGUGAGAUGUUUGCCGCCAGCGAGGAGAUCUUCAAGCGAUACGAGGGGACGCAACGGUUCUGA